GCCCUCGCAGCCCACCCCACCCCCCGCUCAUGAAUAUUCAUACCUCCCCUCCCCGUGACGUCGCCGCGGUCCUGGGGCGGGAGCCGGAGCCGCCCCGGUGCUGGCGGUGAGGGCGAAUGACGGAGCGGCGGCAGCCGCUGCCUCCUCCCGCCCGCCUCGCCCCGCAGACAGCCGCCGGGAGCCGCCGCGUAGGGCGGCGAGUCGGGCGCGGAGGGCCGGCGCCGCGGCGGGGAUGCGGCGGCGCCGCUGCUGCUACUGCUGCUGCUGCUGCUGGGGGCCGGCGGAGCUGCUGCUGUUGCUGCUGUUGCUGCUGGGGCCGGGACCGGCGCUGGGCAGCCCGCUCGCCGGCAAAGUGAACAAACACAAACCCUGGAUUGAGACAUCGUACCAUGGAAUCAUAACCGAAAACAAUGACACUGUAAUUUUGGAUCCUCCCCUUGUUGCUUUGGAUAAAGAUGCACCUGUUCCCUUUGCAGGUGAAAUCUGUGCUUUUAAAAUUCAUGGACAAGAAAUGCCCUUCGAAGCUGUUGUGCUAAACAAGACAUCUGGAGAAGGUCGUCUUCAAGCAAAAAGUCCUAUUGACUGUGAACUGCAGAAGGAAUAUACAUUCAUCAUCCAGGCCUAUGACUGUGGAUCAGGACUAAGUGGAACAAACUGGAAGAAAUCUCACAAGGCAGUGGUCCAUAUCCAGGUAAAGGAUGUCAAUGAGUUUUCACCAGCUUUCAAGGAGAGUGUGUAUAAGGCCACCGUGACAGAGGGAAAGAUCUAUGACAGCAUACUGCAGGUAGAAGCCAUAGACGAGGAUUGUUCCCCACAGUAUAGCCAGAUCUGCAAUUAUGAAAUUGUCACAACUGAUGUUCCUUUUGCCAUUGACAGAAAUGGUAACAUCAGAAACACUGAGAAACUGAACUAUGAUAAACAGCACCAGUAUGAGAUAAUGGUAACAGCUUUUGACUGUGGUCAAAAACAUGCAACAGAAGAUGUCUUAGUACGAGUUAAUGUCAAACCAGUAUGCAAACCAGGAUGGCAAGACUGGAACACACGGAUUGAAUACAAGCCUGGUUCUGGCAGCAUACCUUUGUUUCCCAGCAUUCAUCUAGAAACGUGUGAUGGACCGGUUUCCUCAAUACAUACCACCAUUGAAUUACAGACCAAUUACAUUGGAAAGGGCUGUGAUCGUGAAACAUACUCAGAAAAAUCUCUGCAGAAAUUAUGUGGAGCUUCCUCAGGUGCUAUUGACUUGUUACCAUCUCCCAGUGCAGCAACUAACUGGACAGCUGGGCUUCUCAUGGAUAACAAUGACAUGAUUUUUAAAUUUGAUGGAAAGCAAGGGGCCAAAAUCCCAGAUGGAAUAGUCCCAAAGAAUUUAACUGAUCAAUUCACCAUCAGUCUGUGGAUGAAGCAUGGACCUAGUCCAGGAUUAAGAGCUGAGAAAGAGACUAUUCUCUGCAACUCUGACAAGACCGAGAUGAACCGGCAUCACUAUGCCCUGUACGUGCACAACUGCCGAUUAGUGUUUCUGUUGCGCAAAGACUUUGAUCAGGCUGACACCUUUCGUCCUGCAGAGUUCCACUGGAAACUGGAUCAGAUUUGUGAUAAAGAAUGGCAUUACUAUGUUGUCAAUGUUGAGUUUCCUGUUGUUACGUUGUACAUGGAUGGAACAACAUACGAACCUUACCUUGUGACCAAUGACUGGCCUAUCCACCCUUCACACAUAGCCAUGCAGCUGACUGUUGGUGCUUGUUGGCAAGGAGGUGAAGUCACCAAGCCCAGAUUUGCUCAGUAUUUCCAUGGCAGCCUGGCCAGUCUUACUAUCCGGCCAGGCAAAAUUGAGAGUCAGAAAGUGAUUUCCUGUUUGCAGGCCUGCAAGGAAGGUCUGGAUAUUAAUUCUCUUGAGAGUCUUGGCCAAGGAAUAAAGUAUCACUUCAACCCUUCCCAGUCAGUCCUUGUCAUGGAAGGAGAUGACAUUGAGAAUAUAAAUCAAGCCCUCCGAAAGGUCUCAUACAUCAACUCAAGACAGUUUCCUACUGCGGGCGUACGACGUCUCAAAGUCUCAUCUAAAGUCCAAUGUUUUGGUGAAGAUGUCUGCAUUAGUAUCCCAGAUAUAGAAGCGUAUGUAAUGGUGUUUCAGGCCAAUGAGCCCAAGAUUACAAUAAGUGGGAUGGACCAUUUUGCUAGACCAGCUGCACAAUUUGAAAGUGAAAGAGGUGUUAAUUUGUUACCUGACAUCAGGAUUGUCAGCACAGUCACAAAAAUGGAGCAUCCAGUGGUCUUAAAAGAACACGACAGAGCCAAUAAAGCAGUGGUAUUAGAGGAAAUGCUCCACAACUUGGAUUUCUGUGAUAUUUUGGUCAUCGGUGCAGAACUAGAUCCUGAACAAGAGUGUUUAGAACUAGACCGUGUAGAGCUUCAAGGAAAACAUCUAGAUGCUACAAAUUCCACAGCAGGAUAUUCGAUUUAUGGUGUGGACAGCAUGCACAACUACGAACAGGUUCUUCGGCAGAUUCGAUAUCGUAACUGGUUCACUUCUGCCGCCUUUGACAGAAAGUUCAGAGUCAAGUGCUCAGAGCUAAAUGGACGGUACUCUAGCAAUGAAUUUAACUUGGAGGUUAAUAUUCUACAUAGCUCCAACUCCAACUUCAUGGACCAUGUAAAUCAUAUGAUAGUACAACCACAAUUUUUCCAAUCCGUCCACCACCCAGAGGGAAGCAUAAGUGCUGUUCACAACUCAGUUGUUCCAAGCGUGGCUACUAUCGUUAUCAUAAUCUGUGUGAGCAUACUCAUUUUUGUCAUAACCUUGGGGGUCUACCGAAUUCGGACAGCUCAUCAGCACAGCUCUGCAGACAGCGAAGGAAGUAAAGAAAAUGAAAUGGAUUGGGAUGAUUCUGCUCUGACUAUUACUGUCAACCCCAUGGAGAAAUAUGAAAAGCCUCACCAGACAGAAGAGGAGAGUGAGGAAGAAGACAUAGAAGAUGAAGAGGAAGACACAACCAGUGCUGAAUCAGAUGAAAGUGAAGAAGAGGAGGAGGAGGAGGAAGAGGAAGUGAUUGUCCAAAAGGGAGACAAACAGAAUGCUACCAGGCAAGAGCAGUUGGAGUGGGAUGAUUCAACACUCCCGUACUAACAGCCCUCCAGCAACAUUGCUCUUUUGUAACAACCAAUACAAUGUUUUUUCAGAGUCUAUGAAUUUACUGACAGGAUUUGAACUUCUGCUUGCCUAUAACUGUUUUGCCUAAAAUGAUCUUGUUGUAGUAAUUGAUAAUGAUAGAAAUGACCCUUUCCUUACAAAGCCCAGAGAAAACAUGGUACAAACAUACCGGCAUCACCAGUAGUAAAGUAAUCUAGACCUUGAUCUGUUAGCAAGCCUAGUUCUCUAUUUCCUGUUUCUAUAGAACAGUCCUGUCACUCAAUCCAUAGAGGUUUUUGCCUUUGCUGUUUUUUUCAUACGAGAGAGAUUUCAGCUUGUUACGAAGAAUUACUUGUGUGGGUCCAUAUAACAGUUGUCAUUUGACUUCACACUCUUACAGGUGUAAAAUAUAAUCCACCUUCAAAUUGGGGCAAAGUUUUAGUGCUACAGGUGACAGAGACUGAAUUCCAUUUGUCAUCUUGUCCUGCCUUCUUGAAUGUUAACUGUCUGUCUUCUACAAGGGAAUAUCUAGGACUUGACACGGGAUGCAUGUGUAAAGUGUUCGGUAUAUUUUCAGGCAUACUGUCAGAACCCUCAAGACAGGGAUUUUAUCCAACCUGCCCAAAGAAACUUAAGAGAGUUUAAAAAAACAGCAACAAGGAGCUGCUGGAGGUUACAAAAAAAACCCAAAUCAUUCUGUGUCCACAGGUUGAGUAAUAUGAUCUUAUGCAAACUGUAAAUUCUAAUAGAAUUGAUUUACUGAAAACCUGUAGAGCUGCUCAUUAGUUAUGGAUUGAGCAAUUUCCAGCAAAUCGAUGCUUUGAACCGUCUGUCUUGUAAAAUCAUUAGCUUGCCGCAGUAUCUUACAGAGGUAGUGGAAAAUAAGUGACCCUAUUAUUCCAUAGCUAUGUCUGGUUGGGAUUUAAACAAUGAUUUUACAUGAGGAAAAUGUUCCCUUUUGGUUUAGUGAAUGCCAGCUGGAAUUCCUGUCUGACUGUAUUCUAUAAAACAUUAUGCUCCUUAUCUUCUGUACCCUUACGCACCUAUGAGUGGCACAACUGUCAGCUCUCUUGUGCUCGUAAUUCUCCUUUAUUUCUUCUUCCUGAAGCCAUUAAUGUUGAGAGAAAAGGUUUUAUAAAGUAGAACAAGAGCAAAUAAAACCUACCUGGAACCAAAAGAAGUGAAAACAGAAACUAAACUGUUAAGAUGCUGAGAGAGUAUUUUAGUUUGUUAUGGUAACACAGCAUAUUUUUCUUAAACACUGUUUAAAAGGGAGGGGGGCGGGGGGAGAUAAGUGAAAAAAAAAAAAAAUGCAAAGCUACGUACAAUGUGUUGAUAAGUCUGUGUGGUGUGGUUUUUGUCCCUUUCCUUAAUUAUCUUUGCAUCUUCAAAUGCUCUGCAUACCAAAUGAUGCAACACUUGCUAGGAUAACUAACUAACUGCUCUACUGUGUAAAAAACAAAAUGGCAUGGAAGUGAAUGCUGCCCAGUGGCUUGUCUGGUUUUUUUUUUUGAUAAGUACUUCCUUUUCUUUACAAUUUCAUCAUCAAUUUUUGCUUUUGUAAUUUGCUGUUUAAAAUGAGCUGCUUCCUAUUCUUCCGUCUCCCAGAGAAGCAAACAGUCUUGCCCCAACAGAACCUUCCUGAGCACCCAUGCAUGAAUGGUAGUAGAUAUUGCAAAGGGUAACUUAAGCAACCUCAAGGGCAUCCACCUGCCUCAAGACUAAGGUAGCAGCAGCUCCUGAACAACUUAUUGUGGGUUUGGGGGUUCUUUUAAUUCCAGUUUCUGCAUCUGAUAGUUGCAGAGAAAGAUUGACAGCAACAUAACUAGAAAGUAAAUGAAAAAGAACGCUAAUUUAAUUUUAAAAGUAGAAAUCUUCAUGCUCUUUUUUGUUGAUUUUUAAGACUGGCAAUAUAGAUGUUUUCUUACAUGGGCAGUCCUGGUUUAUUAUUUUUCUGGUCUCUCACAUGUAUUAAACUUACAAGAAUAUUUGCAGAAUCAAGCCCACAGAAAUACAAUUCAUCUCCAGUAAUAAAGAUUGUAAAGCUGGCCAAAAUCUAAAAUUUCUGAAUUAUGUUGAACAGAAAUUUUAUGUUAGAUCAUUUCCUAGCAUCCUGGUAUCCUAAAUCAUUUCCUAGCAUUAAUUUUUGUUAGUAACAUGAAGCAGGCUCUUCAUGAUGCUUGUUAUCAGCACAUAUCAGCAAAGCUUUCCGUUCAGAAAAAAAAAAAAAAAAAUUGCAAUUAAAAGUAUAUGUUGGAAAGUCUAUUUCAGGUUUAAAACUGGACUUAAAUUAUAUUUAAAGUUUCUGUUAUUCCUGAUUAUUAUUGUUAUCACACCAAACAUUAGGACAACUUGAAAACAGCAAUUUACAACCUUACUGACAGCCUUCAAUUUAUUUAUAUGUUCAUGUCUUCAUCAGUGUGUUUCUCCAUCUAAUAGAUUUUUAUCUUUUUGUUACUAGAAGCAAAUCUUUUUGGAUCAUGCUGGUACAUUACACAAGAAGCAAACAAACUAACUAUUUUCUCUACUGUAAAUAAACCUACAUUUUUAAACCUAAGGAAAUAAUACAGGCAUGUGUGUUAUCACUAAGAUUUGGUUUGCAACGAGAUAUUCAGCAAACUAAAUGUAUUACUGCACUUAUUUCGCAUUACUCAUUGGAGUGCAUUAUGCAGCAUUUUUCAUUCAAAUAAACAGAAAAAUUCUUUUCACAAAAUGGUAGUGAGAAUGAGAUACUUCUUCACAAAAUGAACCUUAGAAUUAGCAUAUUUGUAUAGAAGUUGACAGCAAUGGCUUCAUGAGCAAAAGCCUACUAGUAGAAUAACAUAGAAAAAUCACUUUUUCUGAAAUAAUUUUAAUGAUAUUUCCUCCCCUCCAUUAAUUAUUUUCUAAUGUAAACUACUUGCUUAAAACCAAACCAGAACACAUACAUAUAUAUACAUACAUACACCUUUUUUUUUUUAACCUAAUCAAAAGCCCAAAACCCUCUCAUUUCCUCUCUGAAAAAAGUGUUUAUGCUGCCAACUCUGAAAUGGCAACCGCAGUGUCUGGCUCUUUAAGAUGUAAUGUUUAUCCUUGGUGCAGUUGCAAGGUCGAGCUAUGAAGACACAAAUAAAGGUGCUUUUUUAUAGCAGCAAUAAAAAGAGCAUCCAAAAAUACAUCUCUGAAGAGGAAGCCAUAAUACCUGACAUCAAGAAUCUGUGAUGCCAGAGGUCUAAAAUGACAUCACAUCAACAAAUGCCUUUAAAUUUUUGAAGUUUUAAUCUAAGGCUGGGAAAAGCUGCAAAACCUACAAAUGCUAAUUCAGGAUGUCAAUACACUGUUACCUGAACUAAUGUAAUUGCCUAAGUUGUUGCUUUUUGCGAUCAAGACAUUUCUUUUGCACUUCUACCUCCUCCACAGGUAUUUUAUCUUUGCAAGUAAACCUUAAAAUGCAUGGUUUGUCCCUGGCCAAGGGCUGGUGGGAAGGUGCAACCGAUUUCCCCUGCUGGUGUGUUGCGGUGCUGGGCUUGCUAUGAGCACGUGCACCAUCCUUACUUCAAUCGGGAAGGAAAUAGGACUCAGAAAGGUUUAUAAAGUUCCCCUAGUGGGGAUGAAAUCCACUGUCUCCAUUGCAGAAGCUGUCCCUGCCUGACCCUACAAUGAAAAAAAUGCCAUGGGACAUAAGUAGCCCCAGGUAAGGGCUUAAGCAGAGGGUUGUUCAGUAGCCCUUACUUUACUUUGGCAAUGACUUUUGAGCCCUGCACCGAAUUUGUGUCUCAUCUGCCUGACCUGCAAGCUGAGAGGCAGCUCUAACGCUUUUACCUGGUGGGGAUCCCAGCAGGUUGGGAUAGGACACUUCUUCUUCUGGAAUUUUUGGUGCCAGCACUUGCACCACCCCAUUCAUCUCCAGCACCAUCCGUGGCUCAGCAGAAGACGAGAAUGAAAGACUUUACUGAGGUGACAGCGGGUAAAAGUCUGGUGGGAUGACCCCAUGGAGAUGCUCCCGGUAUCCUGGAAUAUACAUUGUAAUACCAAAAUUAAGGAUGUUUGCAAAAGCGUAUGGAUACCUAGAAAGGGGGAGGAAAUUAAACCAUUUAACAUUAAACACCUCCAGGGCUUCAAAAAGGUCUCCUGUUCCCUGAACUCACACGUGCUGACUACAUUAAAUAUCCUGAUACCAGUAUAGCCCCACCAGUUUUUGUACACUUUGUGAAAAUGACAGUAAAAUCUCAUAGCAACAUCCAAUUUCCAUAUAAAAUAUUUCUAGAAAUCUAUCAGAAGGAAAAGGAGCCAAGUUCUAAAAAUCUUGGUGUCUGACAUCAUGACUAGCAUCCUAAUCUCUUGGGGGGUAAAUUUGCUUUGCCUCUGUGCGCUGCAGCUGUUGCCUGAAUGUAUACUGUAUACUGUUUCUGCACUACUCUUAAAAAGCGCCAAUAGGUUAACAGCAAGAGAACAGCUCAUUUGGCAGAAAAAUGAAGGUGUCAUCACUUGUAGAAAGGCAUUUUAAAUAUACUUAAAUAUUUGUUUCUUGAUGAAAUCCUGGGCUUGAAAAAAAUCAAUUUCAUUAAAUAACAUUUUGGACAAAUACUGACAGUUGCCAGACUCAGCUAUAAUAGUGAUAUGAGCAGAAUUUUGAAAAAGCAUACACAAACAGUUACAUUAUCUUGCAAAUAUGUAUUAGUUUGUAUACAUACAAAUUUUAAGUAACAUUAUAUGUACGUGUGUAUAUAUACAUAAAAUAUAUAUGUAUAUUAUCAUCUCUUGUUUUAUCCAGCAGUUUCUGUGAAGCUGCAUGGAUUCAGGCAGCACAUCUAGAGUUGCUCUGAGACUAUCUGGAAAUGCUGAAAUCAAAGUGUAUAGCAUCUGUGCCCUUAAAAGGGACCAAUUCAUGUCUUUUUAAGCUCUUGGUCAGAUGCUACUUACCUUGCUGGCUAGCUCAAAAUCACAGACAAACGGCCAGUGAGCUCUGAUUCUGCCCUGAUAAAAUUACUCAACAAAAAAAGUGAAAAUAUUUGUGGAUACCUAGAAGGGCAGUAGCCUCAUCUUGACGUGUCACUUAAUUUUGACUGCAAGACUUCGGAUUAAUUCACCUCUGGAUGAUCCCUGUAGCUGCUUGCCUUUACUUAAUAUCUGUUUAAGGCAGUUCUCGUACAUCAAUCAGGCAAAUCUAAGGAGGAGAGAGAAAUUAAAAAAAAAAAAAAAAAAAGACAGUUGAAGACAGUGAGAGUAAAAGCACCUUUGAAAUUACUAAAAAUAUUUCUGUUAGUUGUACAUGAUGCUGUGCUACAUAAAUAUGAUCUUCCUUAUGUUUAAACCAGUAUCACCAACCAUAUAAUAGCAUUAUGUUUCUGCCACCUCGAUCUAAGCUGAGAAAGGUUUGUUCAUGCCCAUCCUCAUCACCCACAGAGUCUGCAAACCUCAUAGUGUGAAAGUGCCACUCCAAAAAGCCAUGAGACCAGCAGCCACCCUUGUCCCUCAGAGAUCUAGGUGGUGCCAAAAAAACUAACACUCCUGUGCUUAUGAUAUCCAAACCAUGCAACACUUUGCAAUAUAAUAUAAAUACUUUUUACAGCACCCAGAAGCAAAUAAUGAUUCUGUACAAUCUUUGUACAUUUAGGUCAAAUGCUUUAAAGAAAAAGAAAAGCAUAAUAAGCAGUGUGGGGGGUGUUGUAAGCUGAAAUAUAUGAGGUCCCUUAAUGCUGCAUGUCUCAGAUUUACAGUGAAGGCGAUGACACUCAGAUGAACCAACAAAAGAAAGUGUAUCCAGUGAUCAGACUGUUUGCUUUAGCACUCGAGUCCUUUGUUGGUUUUUGGUUUUGUUUUUUUUCUAGUUCAUCUCUUCUGGAAUCCAGAUUAUUUUUUUAUCACAGUGGAGAAUACAGACAGGUCAGAAGGAUGACCACUAAAUCUACAGCAGAGUAAAACACAUUCUCUGUUAACACCCAGUCUCAAGAAAUAUUUCUGCUAAACCUAUCUGGAAAAUCACUCCAGCGAUAUCUCAGAAAAUAAUUAUAUUUCAUUAUCUUUGUAUGAGUAACAAGGCACAAGCCUGGUAUGGGGUUUUUGCAUCGUAUUUUUUUUUCCUUACAGAAGACAUGAUCAAAAAACAAAAAUUCACAAUGCUUGAACAGAGCAAAAGUGAAAGAGGAGCAGGGUAUUUCUUUUCAUAAACCUCUAACAGUUUUAAAAUACCGAACAAUUCUAACCCACACUAUUGAAGCUAAACACAAGAAAAUGAAUCCAGGAGGUUUUGUACGUUCAUAACUUCAUUCCUGGUGAUGAAAAGGCAGAUACCGGAUCAGGUGCCCCCUUUCCCUGGAGGCAUUUUGCUGCCUUUUGAGUAGGUAUCAACAGUGAUUUGCUAGUUACAGUUUCCAUUCCUCUGCUUGUAAAUAAGAAUAACGAUACUGACAUCCUUCGAAAAGUACUGUGAGCCCUGUAGAUGAAAAUGACUGUCAAAGAGCUUGGUGCUGUUACAAUUCAAUAAUUCUGUUGCAGCUCUACUUACAGCCCCCCACUGCGGAGCACCCUAUACACAUGCAAAAUGAAUGACAUAACGGUUACAGUCAAGAACUUUGGGCUCUUGUUUCAUUAGUUAUUGCCUAUGAAGAAACACAAUAGUUUGAAACAUUACAGACAUUUAAAAAAAGAGCUCAGAAAAAGCCUUCAUUCCUAUUUUCAACUCUAACUCAUGUGGAAAUUGUGCAUUCAUCAGCUGGAGAAGCUACAGGGCCAUGUAGUGUCAGUAUUUAUACCUGUGCUGAGAACAGAGAAGCAGAAGAAGUCUUUUUCCCAGCUAAGAAAACUGUACGGAUAAAAGAGUGCAGCUUUCACUAGGCAAGGUGCAUAAAGCCUGCCAAAUGCGAAGAGAAACUGUCUCCAAAUGGGGAACAAAGGUUUUAUGAUCGUAUUCUAUCCUCAUACUUUACAAACCCAGAAAAUUUCAUGGGAGUAAAAGGCCUUUCUGCUGCCCUACCUAUUCCUUUUGUAUAAAUCUGGAUACAGUUCUGAGUUUUCAGAGACAUUUAAGUUCCUAACUGGAUAUAAAGUUCUUCUUUCAGGUUCCUUUAGGUGUAUGAACCCAUAAAAUAAUUUUUGGCUGAAGUUUUCAGGAUAUCCUAAAGAAAACAAAACCAAACACACUGUUAAAAUUAAAAUGCCUUUUUUUCUUUAUAUUCCUGCCUCCCCUAAAUAUAUGAACAAAUUAAAAAGCCUUGAUCAGAUAAUCUCGAUGAAGUCUGUGACUACAAUGGCAUUUCAAACCAGUACUGAACUUGGAAACAUUCUUGUCUACAAUCUGCUUAGUAGACACACAUAUAGAUGAGAAGGUGGAUGGUUAUUUUAACUGGGCUUGCUCUUUGGAAUGUGGAAUGGAUCAGCCAGAGUCAGUUCUUUUAGAAAAUUGAAUUAUUAUCUAGGAAAGGGUGAACAGCAAGUUAGAAGAGAUUAAUGCAUGAAUAACAAGGAGAAAGAGUGAAGGUUUCUAGCAGAUGUGAAAAUAUCGGGAAUUUAAUCUUCUAGAAACAAGAGACAUUCAAAGUUUGAGUGUCAAACAGUAAGAAAAUGGAACCGUGCUAUUUUCAUGACCAGAACUAGCAGCUAUCAGUAAGCAGGAAAACGCAUACAGGAUGUUGAAGGAUUCUGAGAUGACCAUGUGUAUACACAUGUGCUCAUAUGCGUGUGUGCAUACAUAUAUACACACACACACACAUAUAUAUAUAUAUUUAUAUACAAAAAAAAUACCUAAUCAUUCUAUACAAAAAAAAAUACCUAAUCAUUCCCAGCAUGGAGGUGGUGGUUGUGCUGAUGAACUAGAACCUUAACUUAUUUAGCUUGGUUGCUGCUGUCUGUAGCUGCUCCGUUAGUUACAGUUACACAACCUCCAGCAGAGCUGGGAAGGGAGCAAGACCACGAGGAAUGUUGCUACCCUGUGCCUAUGUUAAGCAGGAAAUGCUUUAUCGCCAAGGCUGGGCCAGGGUCGUUUGGGCCAAAAUGUUUUGUCUGUAGUGAUUCAAAUUUCAUGGUGCACUUAUCACACGUUUUCAUUUGAGGUAAGGAACAGAACUUUUGCACAAAGACAACGGUGUUAAUUAGUUUCAGAGAUUUUUCACAAGCAACAUACUCCAUAGGUCGGAUGAGGCACAGGGAACACCCAAGACAGACUGUACAUCACGUUGCAAAGGCCUGUAAGUCAACUUUUUCUAAUGUUCUGAUUUCCUUAGUGACCACACAGUUAGGAAUCUUGAUUUUUGAAAAUACAAAAAAUUUUCAAGGAUAAUGAUCAUCCCUGAAAAAUUCUAAGGGUGAAGGUUAUUCCCUCCACUCUCAGAAUCAACCAUUGGCAUGUUUAUUGUUAGGUCCUCAACAAAGCAAUCCAUAAAAUGUGAGGUGCAUCUCAGAACUUGGUUUUUUUUAAUGUUCUGUUGUAAAUACUGUACCACCAGAAUCUUAAGUAAAUACUUGAUUUUGAUUAACAGCCGGUUCUGUUCAAAGGGGCAUCAUGACAGGGAUGGAAAGAUAUACCAGAGUGGGUUACUGCUUUGCAGAGUAAUGCACAUUAUGGUUAGGAUUCCUAAUAACUGCUUUCAUUUAAGUUUCUGUACAUUUAGAAGUUGCUGCUAGACUCAUUAAAUCCUAGAAAUAAAGAUUAGUAGACGGAAAGAAAAAGUAGUACAGGUAGAGUAUUAUGCUAACAGUGCAGAAUUGUUCCCAAGAAUGUAUUUUCUAGUGUUAGGGGCAGGGGUGAUUCAACCUACUUAAAUGUUUCUAAGCCUGGGGCUGCUACUUCCUCCCCUGGGAGUUUAUUCUAGACUCUAUUAGAUUUCACCAUUAGAAAGCUUUUUCCGAUAAUGAAUUUAAAUAAUCCUUUUUGUAAGUUUUAUCUCAUUAGUCCCAGUUAUACCCUUUUGCAUCACCCUAAAUAAUUCCUCUAACCAUGAUUUAUAUCCUUUGAAUAUUUUUAGAUAGUUAUCAUGUUCAUUGCCUUUGGUCAUUUAUUGGAGAAGCUGUGAAUCCCACCUCCUCCCAAUUCAUUCCUUCAGUCUCACAUUUCUUACCUUUUCAUGAAAUGUCAUUAAUACACUAACUAAACCCCCUGGUAUUUCCUUUAAUUAGUCAUGGUCAGUUCACUGUUAAAGUGCUCUGUGUUGGUGUGUAUCACUGUGUAGGCUGUCAAAGGUUAAAUGAUACAUUUAUAUUGAAACAUGAUUUUUAAAAAAUCUUUGCUGUAAUCUAUGGAUAAGUUUUCAUAUAAUAUGAAUUGGGCACUGUCUUUUAUGUCAGUAUGAUUUAACAAAGCCAACCAAUAAACCUUGGAGCCAAACAAACAAUAAUACAAAGUAGUUAUUUGUUAAAAUUUAGAUUAUCAUCAUUAAUUUGAAAACAGACAUUGUCAUUCAUGUGCCUAUGUUUUUACGUGUCCCUACACCAAACAGUAACUACUGUCAAUACAUUCCUUUAAGACAGUAUACGUUGUUUCUCCUCAAACCUCAUGGGCGCACCUACUUUCUAAAACAAAUACUCAAGAUUUGCUAGCCAUACAUUAACUGCUGCAAAGAAAUAGAAUUGUGCCAACUAUUUCUGAGUACUGCCAUGCCUAACACUAUAUUGCAAAUCUGUAAUGUAUUUACGGUCUCUAACUGGCAUAAUGACUGCAUGGUUAGUUCUUAAGCGUGCCUGAAACAAACCUCUGUUCUCUAGCUCAGAAGCCUGAAUACACAGGCAAACAGCAAGGGUGUACAAAGUCAGCUAGUGUCUUUUAAUUGAUGUAUUUCCUUCUACCCCAACCUUCAGCACUUGAAAGCCAAAGCAGAACUGAAAGCCUUGUGCUCAAAAGCCCACUGCAUCACUAAGACCCGAGUGAACUAAUACUGUCUUCCUCAAUUCCUGUGUCUAAAAUGAUUGAUGUGAAGGAGGAGAGCAAGCACACUAGGUCCUCCAGUGCUGAUUUAAUGGUACUAUACACUUCCUGUAGCAUAUCUCUGUCCCUAAUAGGUGUCAGCUAGCAUUGCACAAAUAAUAUUGUAGGGAAUAACAAAUUGCCAUCAGUAGGUUUAGGUCACAUGAUCAAACAAAGAUGGCUGCCUUGGCAUUGGCUAAUACAAUGGAUGACAAAAGCUAGUGGAAAUGCCUUUCCAUUUUCUAAAAAAUCUGUGUCGUUAUAGCUUCCUGUUACUUCUCAGCCCACCUUUACAAAAUCAGCCAUUGCAUAAAGAAUAAGUUAGUAAUUGCAUGAAGAGUAACUUAAGUCUAAUAGGCUAGGAGGGGAGAUAAUUAAGCCUUGCAAGAUGAGCUUGCAACACAAAGUGAGAGAGAAAAAAAGAAGAGGAAUUCCUGAGCAAGGAACUAUAAAACAUGACUUCUGUUGUGAUGAGCAGCAGAUCGGGAAUCAGACGUUCACCCUGAAUAUUGUUGGAGUUUGGUGGACAGGUUUGUUUCUAGUUCUAAUUCACCAUCUAGUUAAUGAAAUAUUUUAUAUGCUAUUGAGAGUGUAGGAUUUUGAAGAGCUGAGAAAUAAUCUCAUCAUGUUGAAGGUAAAAGCUCUGAGCUCUAAUUGGCUGGGACAAUUCUAUUUCGUAUUUCAUCAUAGCCUGACAGUCAAAGUGAUACUUCAUCUGCCUGCAAAAUGUAGAACUUUUCACACAUAGUUCAUAAUUUCCCAGAUUUGCUUCCAUAUUGGUGCAUUAGUUCCCACUGAGGAGCAGUAACUGCAGUUGGUAGCAUGUACUUUGUAGCUUGAGGGUUGUUUCCUAGCAGUCCAAUAUCUGUGUAGUGGCUACUUCUAUUGAUAAUAGAAAAUAUACCAGAUAGAAUUCAAAUAAACAUAUCUUGUAGGUUGUGACCCUUUAAGCGUGUCUCAAAACAACAGACUCUUCAGUCUAGGAGAGAUACUCAUUAUAUAAAAUAUCUUCAGGUAUAUGUGAAACAAUCAUAAACCACAUCUUGAAAUGUCCUGCUGAAGAUGCUAAAUGCAUUUAUGAAAGUGUAAAUCUAUACAAUUUAUGCAGAAUGAUGAAUUAAAUUACUAUAUGCAAUUAAAAUGGUGAAUAUGAAAUGAAAAUGAUUUUUGAACACAGAUACAAAUCUGCUGUGAUGUUUUGGUUUUUUUUUUCUAAAAAUCCAAAGCUUUCCUUUAUGAAAACGUGCAGCAAAUUUUGACACAGAGUAAAGUACAUGAAAUCUAACUUCACAUAUCUUGGGGAUAAGUUGUACAAAACCCCUUCCAUGGCACAGUGGUAUUCAUGAAAGCCAUGUCAAUUUGCACAGUCAUUUAUGAAUUCAAGACCAUUAAUAUCCAUAUGUUUUCCACAUGACUGAUUAGAUGUAUAAUGGAAAUAGAUCUGUUAUUUUAAAACUUGGCCUGAACAUGUAUAAAACCAGGUUCAUUUUUGUGAUCACUAUGGCACUUUCUGUGAAGUGGCCAAUAAAUAUAAUUUUAGAAUUUCACAUAAAA